AUGCUACCGGAUCCUGUUGCCAGCUCAUUGACGACGCCCAUUCCUUCCAGAUCCACCACACCAGCACAAAAGUUUUCUCUGCCUCCAAUUAGAGAGCUCUUGAAGGAUACACAAAGCAGAUACAAUAACGAACCGCAACCGUCACACCGUCAGUUGCACCCAUAUCCCCAACCGCAACCGCAACCGCAACCUCAGCCUUUUUUACACCCAAUUCAACAGACUCAGGUCCAGUCUCAGUACAUUACACAUCCACCAUUUCCACCAGUGGCUUCUCAAUAUUAUCAGCAAACACCACAACAUGCACCAUCUCAGUAUGCAGUCAACCCUUCAUCUCCUCUGGUUGUUAGUGCGCCUGGUUCCCAAGUCCACUCUCCAAUAGGAUACGAUGCUUCCAUGGGACCCGCAUCAAGGCCCCAUAUGAGUCAACAGCAGCAUAUCCAGCACCAACAACAAAUCUCUGCCUUUGAGCAACAUCGUUAUCAUCAAAUAGAGUUCGAUAACCGUGUACGGGUCCACGAUGCUGAAAUAAUGAGCAAAAAUAUGGGAUCACACACAGCUGUGAAUGGUGGUCGUAAGAAACGCCAAAAUUUACCACGACAAACAACGUUGAUUCUAUUAAGUUGGCUUUCUGACCAUUUGGAUCGUCCAUAUCCAAAUUCUAGAGAGAAAUACGAUCUACUUAUGAAGACACGUUUGACCAUCCAGCAAUUGGAUAACUGGUUUAUUAACGCAAGAAGAAGAAAGAUAGCCAUUCUACGAAAGUUAAAAGAGAACGAUCAAAGUAUAGCACUUUCAUUAUAA